GCUUAGCCUCACUUGUCUGAAUGGCGAUUGCAGCAGACUCGAGCGGCCGGGGAGCGGAGCACAGACCAAGCUAAUUACGGCUUGAAAAAAUCCAAAUGAAACAAACGCGAACUGUUGCCCUGAUGUAAAAUGGAGGAUAGCUUUGAUUGCGACUGUGGUGAGCUUGAGCCACCUGAUCAUUGAGGAGAAGGACACUGUGUAAGGUCAGCCACAAGACGAGAUAUUCCAUCUGACUGUCAACAGGAGGGGGGAAAAAAGUGUACUUUUUCCAAGUGCUGAUUGGCACAGUAUAAUGAAGUUGCUCAGGAACAGUCAUACACUGAAUGUAUCUUCACUGUGAGGAUGGUAUUGGAUUAUUUUUAUAGUUUUUCUUUAGUUCAGAGAUUUUAUUAACCCUCAAAGUUCAUUCCAGUAUUGUGUUUCAAUCCUCAAUAUAAAAACACAAUUGUAACAUUUGAUACGGAAUCCAAGAAGAAAUCCUGUGUAACUUUGUGAACAAUGAGAAAAAACUUUGGCCUCAUAUCAAAGAGUGUGAGGGCUAGACAGGGGGGAGGGGAUCACUGUAUGCCCCUAUGACUGGCUUCUGUUGGGUGAUCAUCAGAAGAGGAAGCCAAAGGUUUUUUAUUUGGGUGGGGAAAAAAAAAAAAAAACACCCUCAUUGAGAUUUUCAGAUAUUGAAAAAUAAUAAGUGAAGUUUUGGCCUCAUCAGGUACAGUUAACAUAGAAAUAAAUCAGAAAACAAGAGCAAGAAUAAAGCUGCUCUGCCAAGGAAAAUGGCAGAGAAGUUUGAGAGCCUCAUGAACAUUCAUGGCUUUGAUCUGGGCCCUCGUUACAUGGACCUCAAGCCCCUAGGCUACGGCGGCAACGGCCUGGUCUUCUCCGCGGUGGAUAACGACUGCGACAAGCGGGUCGCGGUGAAGAAGAUCAUCCUCACCGACCCCCAGAGCGUGAAGCACGCCCUGCGCGAGAUCAAGAUCAUCCGGCGCCUGGACCACGACAACAUCGUGAAGGUGUUCGAGACCCUGGGCCCCUGCGGCAGGCAGCUGGCGGAGGACGUCACCUCCCUGACCGAGGUCAACUCGGUCUACAUCGUGCAGGAGUACAUGGAGACGGACCUGUGCAAGCUGCUGGAGCGGGGGCCCCUGUCAGAGGGCCACGCCCGGCUCUUUAUGUACCAGCUGCUCCGCGGCCUCAAGUACAUCCAUUCGGCCAACGUCCUUCACCGCGACCUCAAGCCCGCCAACCUCUUCCUCAACACCGAGGACCUGGUGCUGAAGAUCGGAGACUUCGGCCUGGCGCGCAUCAUGGACCCCCAUUAUUCGCACAAGGGCCAUCUCUCCGAAGGUCUAGUCACAAAGUGGUACAGAUCUCCACGACUUCUGCUGUCCCCCAACAACUACACCAAAGCCAUUGACAUGUGGGCAGCUGGCUGUAUCUUCGCUGAGAUGCUCACAGGGAAAACUCUGUUUGCAGGUGCCCACGAGCUGGAGCAGAUGCAGCUGAUCCUGGAGUCGAUCCCUGUGAUCCACGAUGAGGACCGUCAGGAGCUGGAGAGCGUCAUUCCCGUCUUCAUCCAGAAUGACAUGUCUGAGCCUCAGACCCCUCUGGCCAAGCUGCUGCCAGGGGUCAGCCCAGCAGCCCUUGAUUUCCUGGAGAAAAUCUUGACAUUCAACCCGAUGGACCGCCUGACCGCAGAAGAGGCCUUGGCCCACCCAUACAUGAAUGAUUACUCCUUCCCCCUGGAUGAGCCCAUCUCCAGCCACCCGUUCCACAUCGAGGACGAGGUGGACGACAUCCUCCUCAUGGAUGAGAGCCACAGCCACGUCUACAACUGGGACAGAUAUCACGACAGCCAGUUCUCAGACCAAGACUGGCAUCUCCACAGCACCCACGAAGCGGACGAGGUCCUGCGAGACCCGCGGGCGAUGUCCGAUGUGACCGACGAGGAGGAGGUCCAGGUCGACCCUCGCAAGUACAUGGACGGGGACCGGGAGAAGUUCCUGGACCCUCCGACCUUCGACUCGCUCUUCCCCUCCGAGCUCUCUUGGCAGCACGAGGACCACCAUGAGAACAAAUACUGUGACCUGGAGUGUGGUCACACCUGCAACUUCAAGGCCGUGUCCGCCUCGUACCUGGACAACCUGGUGUGGCGCGACAGCGAGGUGAACCACUACUACGAGCCCAAGCUCAUCAUCGACCUGUCCAACUGGAAGGAGCAGAGCAAAGAGAAGGCCGAUAAGAAGGGGAAGUCCAAGUGCGAGAAGAACGGCCUGGUCAAGGCCCAGAUCGCCCUUCAGGAGGCCUCCCAAAACCCAGCCGAGAAGGACAAGGAGCAGGAGAAGCACCAAGCCUUCGACUUUGACUCCUUCAUCGCCGGGACCAUCAAGCUCAGUCUGCAGCCGGAGCACUGCGAGGUGGGCCUCCUGAACGAGCUGAACACCUCGGUCUCCCAGCUGGAGGCCAAGAGCUCCAUGUCGAAAUCCGUGAGCCAGGAGAAGGAGGAGAAGUGCUUGGUGAACCUGGCCCAGCUGGAGGGUCGGGCACCCAACCCCUGGGAGAGUUUCGGUAACGAGGCGGUCCUGGGUGAAGAGAGUUGCCUUUUCGACGAGGUGUGCUGGGACGUGAGGAAGGACGACCAGCUCCAGAAGGAGACCCCCUACACCAGUUACCUGGACAGGCUGUUUAGCAAGAGGGAGGAGGUGCUGGAGCCAGAGCCAGGCAAUGAUACGGAAGAGGGCUUCUUGGCCAGAAACGGAGAGAUCGUGUUCAGUAUGCAGUUGGAGUCCCUGGCCCUGCCUGGAUUCGAAGGCUCUUCGGAGCUGCCUCUGAAAUCCAUACAAGCCACACUAACGCCCUCAGCUGUCAAAUGUUCCCCCCAAAUUGCCCACAAAACGUACAGCAGCAUUUUAAAGCAUCUAAAUUGAAUACACAUUGCAAGAUUUUUUUUUUUUUAAUAGUAGUAUUGAUAUUGUUUUACUUGAAUUUUUUUUAUCUUAUGGUUACUUUUAAGAACCUUUUUUUAUCUAUAAAAGGGUGAGUUCAUAAAUUCAUUGGGUAACUAGAUGUGCAGCCUCAUUUGACCUACGUUAGUUUAUGAGCACACCCUGAUCGAAAACUGUCAUGUCAUUUGCACACAGUGUACUGUAGAUGAACAAAUAUUGGUAAAGAGACAGGAAUGAGGAAUGGUUUAUGAAGGAGUGUAACAUGGGGUAGGUAGAGAGAAAUGGUGAGGAAAAUGCACUAAAAGGAAAUGGGAAAAAUCUUCACUGACACUGGUAGACUGGGGCAGAGAAAUUGUUUUCAGAAGUAGGUUUUUUUUUGUUUUGUUUUUUUUCUGGGGGGAGGGAAGGAGGUGGGGGUAUGAGGUUCAUUUUUUUAUUAUAUUUGAAGUUUUUCUUUCAACAUCUGAAGUCUACCAUAGUGUAUUUUUCCAAGAAAGACAUCCUUAAAAUCUGUUCAUACUGUAAUACUUAUUUGACACAUGAUGCCAGCAGCAACCAUUAAAUGUAGAAUUAAAAAACAAAAAAAAAUGUGUUAUCUACCUCAAGGUAACAGCCGUAAGUGAGACUUGGAGCCAUGCUAGUGCUUUACACACACCGUCGACCCGAUAGCAUUUACAACGCCGUGACUCGUCUUCAUUGUUUCAUUUUGCAUUCGCCAUAGUGAAGUGUUAAUCGUCAUUAUUUAUUUUUUAGCAAAUAUGAGGUAUUUAUUUCGAAAAUGUGUAAUUUCAAUGUGACUGUUCAUAAACAGACAUUUGAUUUCCACUCUUGUUUUGGCACUCUCAUACAUGCAUUAACUUCCAGUGGUAGGACGUUAAUCGUUCAUUUGUUCAGGCUUUCUAAUUUCCAUUAUUCUUUGUGCAAACGGCAAAAAAUAUGGCUGUUUUUUUAUUUUUUUUAUUUUAAAGGCGUUUCUUAACGCAAGUUCUUUAUGGAAUUGAAAGUACGCCUAAAAGUCUUAAGUCUUUUUUUAAUAUGAAAUGUACUGUUAGAAUUGUGUGCAUGGAAGAAACAAAUGGAUGGUACAAUGAAACUAGAAGUUAAAGGUGAAGUCUAUUGUACGUCAUUAAGUUUAUUUUAAUUGUAUGUUUUUAUUACGGUUUGUAUAUCUACCUUUUUCAAAAAGCAUGAUAAAAAAUUAGGUUGAAGUGUAGCAUGUAGACCAUUUAUGGAAAUUUGUUUUUCCUUUAAUACUGGUACUUUAUUUACUUUAUCAUUGGUUCCCCUGUAUUAAAAAUAUCAAAUAAAAAAGGCCAGCAAAUAUACAAA